AUGGCUGUUGAUAAAUCUGUUGUCAGCAGGGUGGAGAGAGACAAAACCAAAGGACAUGUGAAACUAGCAGAGAUGGGCUCCAAACAAGGACCUGUGAGCUUAGUGAAUAGGAUUCAGUUGGUGAAAGGGCUAGAGGACGUGACGGUGUGUGAGAAAGAAGUCUGUACAUUUGAGGUGGUCCUCAGCCAUGCGUACGUCCAGGGUGAAUGGACCAGGAAUGGACUCCCACUUAAGUCCAGGCCUGUGUGUCGAAUUGCUAUGCAGGGGAAAAAACACACACUCACCCUGACGCGGGUUACGGUUUCUGACAUGGGCUUCAUCAGCUUCAAGGCUGAAGGAAUCGAAAGCUCAGCUAUGCUGACAGUCACAGCCAGGGAUAUAAAGAUUGUGAAGGAUCUUCAGAAUGCCAGUGUGACCGAGAAGGAGAGUGUGAUAUUUAUCUGUGAGGUCAACUGGGAAGAUGUGGAUGGGAAGUGGUACAAGGACGACAGCCGGUUGCGAGCUAGGGACAAUGUUAAAAUAAGAUGUGAGGGUAAAAUACACUCCCUGAGCUAUAAAUCAGUCAAACCAGAAGAUGCUGGUGAAAUCAGAUUCACUGCAGAGAGGGUCUCUUCAACAGCAACACUACAAGUUAAAGAGCUUCCAGUUAAUUUUUUGAAGCCCCUGAGGGUGAAGAUUGCCAUGUACAAACACCGUGCCUUGCUGGAGUGUCAGGUCUCCCGUGACAAUGCUGUGGUUAAAUGGUACAGAAGAAACCGUGAAAUUGUGCCAAAUGGCAAGUACCAAACUAUCAGUGAAGGUGUGUACAGACAGCUCAUCAUAGAUGAUGUGGGCUCCUCAGAUGAAGACACUUUUAUCUGUGAUGCUGUUGAUGAGAGGACUUCCUGCCAACUGUUUGUAGAGGAGCAGGCCAUCAGCAUUUUGAAAGGACUCAGUUCUGUGGAGGUCAUGGAGCCUAAAGAGGCUCGUUUUAAAGUGGAAACCAGUAUUAAAUUAGAGAGGGCACCAAAAUGGACCCUGAAUGGGCAGAUGCUAUGCCCCUGUCCAGAAAUCAGGAUUGAGAGGGAAGGAACCUCAAACAGACUUAUUUUCACCCAAACUGACAGCAGCAUGUGUGGCAUUGUGCAGUUCACCUCGGGGAAGAGCAAGUCAGAAGCUCAACUCACAGUUACAGAGCGACCUUUGAUCGUCAAACAGCCUAUUUCAGAUGUGGAGGUGAAGGAGAAUGGGUCAGUUACUCUCAGCUGUGAGUUCUGUCCAUCCCCCAGAGUAGUGCGCUGGUUCAAGGGUAGAACCCCCCUGUUUGCCUCCAAUAAGUACACAAUGAAGCGAGAAAAGAACCGGGUUGACAUGACCAUCCUGGGUGUGAAAGUUGCAGAUUCAGGAGAGUAUCGCUGUCUGGCUGGUGGCUCGGAGACAAAAGGAAGAAUCAGUGUGGAAGUUAAAAGGUUGAAGAUCAUAAGGCAUCUGGAGCAAGUAGAGACUGAGGAAGAUGGCUCUGCUGUAUUCAGUUGUGAACUGAGUCACGAGUCACCCAGUGUCCAGUGGCUUCUCAAUGACAGAGUACUGCACACCAACCACAUAAACAAAGUCCAGAAUUCUGGAAAAGUGUACAGUCUGAUUCUAAAGCGACUCGCUCCUCAAGAGAGCCGUGUUACAUUCAAAACCUUUGAUAUCAGCGAGUCUGCGUUCCUCAGGGUCAGAGAAAAGCCAGCAGUAUUCCUCAGGUCACUGGAGGAUGUAGCAGGUGAGGAGCGUGGAGAAGUUCUUCUGCAGUGUGAGGUUUCCAAGCCAUCUGUAACUUCUGUCUGGAGGAAAGAUGGUGAAAUUCUGACCGUCAAUGAGAAGUAUGAGAUUCUCCAUUUAGGAAAGUCAUUGACUCUUAGAAUUCGCAAGCUGACGAAGGACGAUGGAGCGGAGUACAGUUGUGAUAUUGGCUGCAGCCAAACUAAAGCGAAAGUCAUAGUUCGUGACCUGCGCAUUACCAUUACCAAACGCAUACGGACAACAACUGUGCUGGAAGGGGAAGACUGCAGUUUUGAGUGUGUCCUGUCCCAUGAUAUAAUCGAUGAAGCAUUGUGGAUCUUGAAUGGCAAACUGAUUGUCAGCAAUGGACGGAUCAUAGUCACUAACCAGGGGCGCAAAUACUCAAUGAGCAUUCAGGAAGUUAAUAUAUCUGAUGCCGGAGAAGUGGUCUUUACCAUCAAAGAUCUCAGUUGCAGGACUAUGUUGUUUGUCAAAGAGAAGCCUGUGAGAGUGUUUAGGGAUAUGCUAAAUGUUAAAGCGACACCCGGUGAAGAUCCAGAGCUCAGCUGUGAGAUCACCAAACCUGAUGCAACAGUUAAAUGGCUGAAAAAUGGGCGAAUAAUUAGAGUUAGCCCAAAAUAUGAAAUGACCCAAAAGGAUUAUUUGGUGAAGCUCAUCAUCCAUAAUGCAGCCAUAAUGGACUCAGGAGAGUACUGCUGUGAGGCUGAUGGGAUUGCUACAAGGGCCAGAUUAGAUGUCAGAGACUUGCAGCAAACAUUUGCGAAGGAACUGAAGGAUUUGUGUGCCGAGGAAAAGGGCACAGUGAUCAUGGAGUGUGAAACCAGGAGGCCCGCCACUACCGUGAACUGGUUAAAAGGCUUGAUGGUGCUCAGCUCGGGACAAAAGUACAUGAUGAAGAAAAAGGAUGUUGUCCUCUCUCUGACCAUCUUCAGUCUGGAGAAGAGUGACAGUGCCAUCUACACCUGUGACGUUGGGACAAUGCAGAGCAGGGCAUUACUAACAGUGCAAGGUCAAAAAGUGGUCAUUGUGGAUGAGCUAGAAGAUAAAGAGUGUCUAGAAGGAGAUACCAUCGUCUUUAAGUGUCGGAUCUGCCCAAGUGACUAUACUGACGUUAAAUGGUACCUGGAUGAGACCUUGCUCUAUACUAAUGAUCUUAACGAGAUCGCGAUGAUGCCUGGUGGCUACCACACUCUUACCUUUAAACAGCUUGCACGUAAAGACACCGGCACCAUCUCCUUCGAGGCUGGGGACAAAAGAUCAUAUGCAUCACUAUUAGUCAGAGAGAGACGCCCCACGAUAACUAAAGCAUUGGAGGACACAGAAGCAAUUGAAGGAGGAAGUUUGGUGCUGUUAUGCAAGACCUCAAAGCCAUGUCAUAUUGUUUGGUACAAAGAUGGCUGUUUAAUCUGGAAUUCCUCAAAGUACUUAGUUAGUCGAUCUGGAAAUGAGGCCAGGCUGGCCAUCCGUGAUGUGAAAGACAGUGACGCAGGGGUGUAUGAGUGCGAUGCAGGAUCGGUUAGCAGUAAAGCCACUUUGACUGUUAAAGUUAUCCCUGCUGAGUUUACAAAAACUCUUCAGAACCAGGAGGUCAAAGAGGGAGAGAGUGUGACGCUGACGUGUGAAUUCUCUAUACCCGGCGUCCAGUUUGUCUGGCGCAAAGGACCUGAGACACUAAAAUAUAGUGAUAAGUACCACAUGAGGCAGAGGAAAUCUUGCAUUUCUCUUACAAUACACAAUCUGAUGCCGGAAGACUCUGGGAAUUACACGUGCAUUUGCAGAGACCAAAAAACUAUGGCUACUGUUACAGUUAAUGCGGUUCCUAUAUCAUUUGUUAAAGAGCUCAAGAACCAAGAGACAGAGGAGGGUAAAAAUGUGACAUUACGCUGUGAGCUUUCUAAAGCUGGAAUCCCUGUGGAAUGGUUGAAAGGUGAACAAACUCUCUGUCCUGGCGAGAAGUAUCAGAUGAGACACAUCGUCACCAUACUGGAGCUGGUAAUCAGAAGUCCAGUGCCUGAGGACAGUGGAACGUACAUCUGUGUGUGUGAAGAUCAAAAGACCAAAGCUAUUAUCAAAAUACGAACUCAACCCAUCACGUUCAAACAGAAGUUAAGAAAUCAAAUAGCUGAGGAGGGAAACAGCAUAAUCUUACAUUGUGAGAUAUCCAAACAAGACAUCCCUGUUGAGUGGAGAAAGGGGAACAACCUGCUCAAGUCCGGAGAGAAGUACAAGAUCAGGCAGAGAGGCUGCAUGCUAGAGCUGAAGAUUUUCAAUUUGACACAAGAGGACAGUGGAGUCUAUAGCUGCACAAGUGAAACUGCCCAGACAUCAGCCAACAUUACUGUUAGUGGUCAACCUGUCACUUUCAAAGAGAAGCUGAAAAACCUGGUAGCCGAGGAAGGGAAGACGAUAAAAUUGCAUUGUGAGCUUUCCAGAACCGGUGUCCCAGUAGAAUGGUGGAAUGGAGACGAGCUGCUCCAGCCUGGAGAGAAGUAUAAGAUGAAAGAACGAGACACAUCAGUUGAGCUGAUCAUCUGUGAGGCCGUACCUGAAGACAGUGGAGUCUACAGAUGUGUUUGUGGAGACCAAAAGACCAAAGCUACAAUCAAAAUUGUUGGUGCUCCAGCUACUUUUAAACAACAACUUACGAACCAAGAAGCUCUUGAAGGGGAAUCUAUAACCUUACACUGUGAGCUCUCCAAAGUUGGAGUACCUGUGCAAUGGUGGAAAGGAGAUAAACCGCUCCUUCCAGGGCCACGGUACCAAAUGACGCUGGAUGGAAGGACAGCUGAGUUGGAAAUAACUAAUAUUUUCUCUGAAGACGCUGGAAUAUAUAGCUGUGUGACUGGAGGCCAAAAGACCACAGCUGAAGUGAAAGUCAAAGCUCUUCCGAUAACAUUCAGUAGAGAGCUUCAGGACCAGGUGUCUAUAGAGGGUGAGAGUGCAGUAUUUACCUGUGAGCUUUCAAAGCCUGGUGCUCCAGUCGAAUGGAGGAAAGGUAGAGUAAUUCUGAAAGCUGGAGCCAAAUAUCACAUGAAACUGGAGGGACGAUUAACCAAACUGGUGAUAAAUAAUCUUGUUGAGGAUGAUGCAGGAAAUUACACCUGCAAAACCAAAGAUUCACAAUCAACAGCCAAAUUGAUGGUUCAAGAUUUUUUCAAUUCUUGGCUUUCUGAAGGACUCCCGGCUACCUUUAAAAUAACUCUGAAGAACCAGGAAGCUCAGGAGGGGAACAGUGUCACUUUGCACUGUGAACUUUCUAAGCCAGGAGUUCGAGUAGAGUGGUGGAAAGGAGAAGAAAUGCUCAAGACUGGAGAAAAAUAUCAAUUGAGACUCAAAGAAGCAAAAGCUGAACUGCUAAUAAGGAAGGCACAACCAGAAGACAGUGGAGUUUAUCGAUGUGUAUGUGAAGAUCAAAAGACCGAAGCCACCAUCAAAGUUAAUGCUCUCCCCAUCACUUUCAAACAAGAACUUACGAAUCAUGAGGGUGAAGAAGGGAACAGCGUCACCUUGCGCUGUGAACUCUCAAAGGCCAGCGCUGAUGUCGAGUGGUUGAAGGGAGAAGAAGUACUUAAGCCUGGAGAAAAGUACCAGAUGAGACAGAUUGCAACUAAAAUGGAGCUUGUUAUCAGGAAAGCCAUACCUGAAGACAGUGGAGUCUACUUUUGUGUGUGCCCUGAUCAGACAUCCAAAGCAACGGUUAAAAUCAAUGCUUUCCCAAUCACGUUCAAACAAAACUUGAGAAAUCAAGAAGUGGUGGAGGGCAACACUGUUGCCUUGCGUUGCGAGCUUUCCAAACCGGGCGCCGCUGUGAAAUGGUGGAGGGGUGAAGAGAUGCUGCGAGUUGGAGAAAAGUACCAGAUGAGGGUCGAGGGAAGGAUUGCUGAACUACUUAUCAAGAAUGUCAACUUUGAAGAUGUCAGCUCCUACAGCUGCACUACGGGACAGGAAAAGACAACAGCAGAAGUAAAAGUCAAGGCUCUACCCGUCACUUUCAAACAAGAACUCCAAAACGAAGUAACUAAAGAAGGUGGACAAGCUGUGUUAAGGUGUGAGCUCUCUAAACCCUGUACUCAAGUAGACUGGAGAAAAGGAAGAAUUAUUCUCAAACCCAAUGACAAGUAUGAAAUAAAGCAAGAGGGAACAUUCACCAAACUGGUCAUACAUAAUGUUGAAGCAAGUGAUGCUGGGAGCUAUUCAUGCAAAACCAAGGAUUCUGAGACAACUGCUGAGUUAACCGUUAAGGUUCCACCUAUCACUUUUAAAGUCAAGUUGAAAAAUCAGGAAGUUGAAGAAGAAAAUACACUUGUAUUACACUGUGAGCUCUCAAAAGCUGGAUGUCCUGUUGAAUGGAGAAAAGGGGAAGAGCUUCUCAGAUCUGGGUAUAAGUAUCAAAUCAGGGAAUGUGAUGUUACAAGAGAACUGAUCAUCAUGAAAGCCUUGCCUGAAGACAGUGGAAUCUACAGAUGCAUUUGUGGGGAGCAGAAUACCAAGUCGACAGUCAGAGUGUUCGCCACGCCAGUAACGUUCAAACAAAACCUGAAGAACCAAGAGGCUCCUGAGGGAGGUGUUGUUAUUCUGCACUGCGAGUUGUCCAAGGCUGGGGUACCAGUAACAUGGUUGAGAGGGGACGAGGAGCUCAGCAAUGGAACUAAAUACAAGAUCAAGCAGGAGGGAUUGGUUGCCGAAUUACACAUUAAAAAUGUCCGUCCUGUGGAUGUUGGGGAAUAUAGCUGUAUUGUUGGAGACCAGAAGACAUCAGCUGAAGUUAAUGUUAGGGCUGCUGCUUCUGUGUUCUUUGAGAAAGAGCUUGAGAGUCAAGAAGCAAUAGAAGGGGAAUCUGUCCUGUUUAGUUGUUUACUCUCUAGCGACAAUGCCCCCGUGACCUGGAGAAAAGAUGCAAAUCAGAUCACACAGGGUGGGCGAUAUACCCUCCACCGUAAAGGUGCCACUCAGGAGCUCGAAAUCAGGAAACUGAGAAUGGAGGACGCUGGCGAGUACACAUGCAGCGUCAGAGGCAAGAAGACGUCUACAACCCUCAGAGUGAUAGAGCGUGUGAGGAUUGUGAAAGGACUGCGUGACUUGACGGUUACUGCAGGCGAGAGCGCGCGCUUUGUGUGUGAACUUUCACACGAGAACAUCCUUGACAGGGUAUGGUGGCUUGGUUCCAAUGUACUGCAGGAGAACGAGAUGAACCAGAUGAGUAUCUGUGGCAAAGAACACCAGCUGGUGCUCACUAUGACCACACCUGAAGAGUCAGGUGUUGUGUCCUUUGUGGUGGGAAAUGAAAAGACUUCUGCUCAUCUCCGUGUAAACAGCAAACCUAAAGUUUUCAUUGAAGAAAACCUGAAGGACAUGACCAUUUUUGAGGGAGAUUCUGCCACCCUGUGCUGCGUGACUUCUGACUCCAGCACACUUGUAACCUGGAAACGAAAUAAUGUAACCCUGCUCCCCGGGGAAAAGUAUGAACCUCUGAAACAUGGGAAACGAAAUAUUCUUCUAAUUCACAAAGUCAGAAAAGAGGAUGCUGGGAUUUACAUGUGCGAUACAGGAGACAUGCAGAGUAGUGCUACUCUUACAGUCAAAGAGCGUCCUUUGUUUUUCUGUGGGGAGCUCCAAAACCAAGAAGCAGAAGAGGGUGAGACUGCUUUCUUGUGCUGUGAGCUGUCUCAACCUGCAGUUGCAGUUGAGUGGAAGAAGGGAGCAGUUCUGCUUAGACCAGGUAACAAAUAUGAGAUUAAACAGGAUGGAUGUGAGCUACAGCUGCAAAUCAAUGACCUCACAAGUCAGGACAGUGGGGCCUACAGGUGUUGUGCCGAUGGCAUUGAGACAAGGGCCAGUAUUACUGUGAAAGAGCGCCCUCUGUUUUUCUGUGAAGAGCUUCAAAACCUAGAGUUAGAGGAAGGUGAAACAGCUUUCUUGAGCUGUGAGCUUUCUAAACCCGGAGUAUCAAUACAGUGGAAGAAGGGGGCAAUGCUCCUGAAGAAUGGAAAGAAGUAUGCAAUGAUCCAAGAGGGCAAUGAAGUACAACUUCAGAUCCAUGACCUCACAAGUCAAGACAGUGGCAUCUACAGAUGCUGUGCUGGCAAUCUAGAAACACGGGCUAAUAUUAUUGUCAAAGAUCAACCUCUUUUCUUCUGUGAGGAACUCCAUAACCAGGAGGCAGAGGAGGGUGAGAUAGCCUUCCUUUGCUGUCAGCUGUCUAAACCUGGAGUUGAAGUGCAGUGGAAGAAGGGAGCAAUACGACUGAGACCAGGAAACAAAUAUGUGAUGAAACAAGAUGGCUGCAAAGCACAUCUGCAGAUCCAUGACCUUACACGUCAGGAUAGUGGCACUUACAAGUGCUGCUCUGGAAGCCUGGUUACUACAGCAUCAGUUACAGUCAAAGAACAACCUUUGUACUUCAUCAAGAUGCUUGAGUGUCAAGAAGCAGAGGAGGGGGAAACUGCCUUUCUUUGCUGCGAGCUUUCAAAACCUGGGGCUGCCGUAAACUGGAAGAAGGGAUCUGUGCUGCUAAAGCCUGGAAGAAAGUAUGAAAUAAAGCAGAAUGGUGGUGAACUGCAACUUCAGAUCCAUGAGCUCACAAGCCAAGACAGUGGUGUCUACACAUGCUGUGUUGGUAGUCUAUUGACCUCAGCAUCCCUGGAUGUGAAAGAACAACCUCUGUAUUUCUGCGAGGAGCUCCAAAGACAAGAAAUAGAAGAAGGUGAGACUGCCAUUCUGAGCUGUGAGAUCUCUAAAACUGGAGUGGACGUGCAGUGGAAGAAGGGAAUGCUGUUGCUUCUACCAGGAAACAAAUAUGAGACUAAGCAAGAUGGCUGUAAAUUACAGCUUCUUAUACAUGAGUUGAACAGUCAGGACAGUGGCAUCUACAAAUGUUGUGCUGGUAGCUUGGUGACCACAGCUUCUCUUGACGUGAAAGAGCAUCCAUUGUUCUUCUCUGAGGAGCUCCAAAACCAAGAAGCAGAGGAGGGUAAGACAGUCAUAUUGCGCUGUGAGCUCUCUAAACCUGGAGUUUCAGUGCAGUGGAAGAAGGGAGCAGUGAUACUUCAGCCUAGUAAAAAAUAUGAGAUUAAACAAGAUGGCCAUCAACUACAGCUUCAGAUCCAUGAGCUAACAGCUCAGGACAGCGGGACUUACAAAUGUUGUGCUGGAAGCCUGGUCACAACUGCUUCCCUUGUGAUAAAAGAACUGCCAUUGUUCUUCUCCGAGGAGCUCCAAAACCAAGAAGCAGAGGAGGACAAGAUAGCAAUAUUGCACUGUGUGCUCUCUAAACCAGGAGUUUCAGUGCAGUGGAAGAAAGGAACCGUGCUUUUGAAGCCUAGCAAAAAAUAUGAGAUUAAACAGGAUGGCCAUCAACUACAACUUCAGAUCCAUGAGUUAACAGCUCAGGACAGCGGGACUUACAAAUGUUGUGCUGGAAGCCUGGUCACAACUGCUUCCCUUGUGAUAAAAGAAAAGCCAUUGUUCUUCUCUGAGGAGCUCCAAAAGCAAGAAGCAGAGGAGGGCAGGACAGCCAUAUUGCGCUGUGAGCUCUCUAAACCUGGAGUUUCAGUGCAGUGGAAGAAGGGAGCAGUGAUACUCAAGCCUAGUAAAAAAUAUGAGAUAAAACAGGAUGGCCAUCAACUGCAGCUUCAGAUCCACGAGUUAACAGCUCAGGACAGCGGACCCUACAAAUGUUGUGCUGGAAGCCUGGUCACAACUGGUUCUCUUGAGGUAAAAGAACUGCCAUUGUUCUUCUCCGAGGAGCUCCAAAACCAAGAAGCAGAGGAGGACAAGAUAGCAAUAUUGCACUGUGUGCUCUCUAAACCAGGAGUUUCAGUGCAGUGGAAGAAAGGAACCGUGCUUUUGAAGCCUAGCAAAAAAUAUGAGAUUAAACAGGAUGGCAAUCAACUACAACUUCAGAUCCAUGAGUUAACAGCUCAGGACAGCGGGACUUACAAAUGUUGUGCUGGAAGCCUGGUCACAACUGCUUCCCUUGUGAUAAAAGAAAAGCCAUUGUUCUUCUCUGAGGAGCUCCAAAAGCAAGAAGCAGAGGAGGGCAGGACAGCCAUAUUGCGCUGUGAGCUCUCUAAACCUGGAGUUUCAGUGCAGUGGAAGAAGGGAGCAGUGAUACUCAAGCCUAGUAAAAAAUAUGAGAUAAAACAGGAUGGCCAUCAACUGCAGCUUCAGAUCCAUGAGCUAACAGCUCAGGACAGUGGGACUUACAAAUGUUGUGCUGGGAGCCUGGUGACUACUUGCUCUUUUACAGUGAAAGAGCAACCUAUAUUUUUCUGCAAGAACCUCCAAAGCCUUGAAGCUGAGGAAGGUAAAGUGACUGCCCUGACAUGUGAGCUCUCUAAACCUGGAGUUGCAGUGCAGUGGAAGAAGGGAACAGCGUUGCUGAAACCUGGAAACAAGUAUGAGAUGAAACAAGAUGGUUGUCUUCUGCAGCUUCAAAUAUAUGACCUGAAAAUUGGAGACAGUGGCUCUUAUAAAUGUUGUGCUGGUAACAUUGUCACGACUGCUUCUCUUGAAGUGAAGGAACAUCCAUUGAUCUUCUCUGAGAAGCUCCAAAACCAAGAAGCAGAGGAGGGUAAGACAGUCAUAUUGCGCUGUGAGCUCUCUAAACCUGGAGUUUCAGUGCAGUGGAAGAAGGGAGCAGUGAUGCUUAAGCCAAGUAAAAAAUAUGAGAUUAAACAGGAUGGCCAUCAACUACAACUUCAGAUCCAUGAGUUAACAGCUCAGGACAGCGGGACUUACAAAUGUUGUGCUGGGAACCUGGUGACUAAUGGUUCAAUUACAGUGAAAGAGCAACCAAUAUACUUCUGCAAGGGACUUCAAAGUCUUGAAGCUGAGGAAGGUGAAACCGCGUUCUUGACCUGUGAGCUCUCUAAACCCGGAGUUCCUGUGCAGUGGAAAAAGGGAGCAGUGUUGCUGAAACCAGGAAACAAGUAUGAGAUUAAACAAGAUGGCUCUGAAUUACACCUUCAGAUCCAUGAUUUAAAAUGUCAGGACAGUGGUGUCUACAAAUGCUGUGCUGCUAGGAUGGAGACAACAGCUUCUCUUGUUAUAAAAGAAGCUUCCUCUAAAAGUAAAGACAUCCCCCAAGCCCCACUAAGAUCAAAAGGGCAAAAAAUUAUGGAAGAAACACACAUUGGUCUAGUGCAUAAGAAACAGGCUGAGGUCAUUGAGGAAUCAGACAUCUCUAUCUUGGAGGCAUCAGAGGUUCAUUUCCAGGAUCUGUGUGAGAAACUGACAGGUGACCAGGACGUCAAGAGGGAAUCAUUGGUGAGACAAAAGGCAAAAGAUGCGAGUUCCAAAAUGGUUACCGUGUCUAGUUGCACCAUGGAAGAACCUACAAUGACUUCUCUUACAACCAAUGAAGAACAAAGAAAAAAAGUGGUGGACACUGGAUCCAAAGAGGUUACUAAUGUUUCUGUGGACCAGAACAAUGAAAAAAUCUCAGGGCAAGUUCAGAAGAAAACUUCAAACAUAGAUACAAAUAAUAAGAGCAAGGAACCACCCAGAAAUGUUCCCCAGCCUCCACCACGGUCAAAGAAUAAGGCUUCACACCAAGACCAGUACAGUGUUUUUGAAGCAAACAACCAGAGUGUUAAAGAUCCAACUGUUGACAAGAAGGGGAAGAAACAAGAUGUAGAAGAAGAAGUUGUAAUGGAACCCACUGUGGAGACCAAAAUAGCAUCAAAACAUGCUGUCCUAGCACCAUCUUUCACUAAGGAGAAGGUUUCCCAGCCACAUGUUGAAAUCAAAAGGCAACCAUAUGUUUUGGAAGCAACGAAUCGAGAUAUGGGCAUAAAAGAAACUGUAGAUACCACUUUAAAGAUAUCAGAUUAUGGCUUAGAUACACCAGUCUUCAAAGAGUUAACAGCCAAACACGUUGAAGCAUCUCAAGAUCAAACAUACAAUUUAAAGGAGUGUAUCAAAUUGGAAUCGAGUGUAAAUAAGGAAUCAAAGAAAGAGCUAAGUGUGGACACCAUAUCUAAGCCAUCAGAAGUGGAUGAAUAUCCUGUCAAAGUGAAUGAAAAGAAGGAACCAAAAAAUAAAUCAUUGGAUGAAAAUGAAAUGCACAAGAAGCAAAAUGUCCAGUCUGAAAUGGGACCGGAAAUUGAAAAGGUUCAGUCCAAGGAUGGACAUCAAGGAAAAAUAACAAAGAAUGUUAAAGAAAAUGCACCAAGCAUUACCAUUACAGGCCAGAAACCCAAAGAGCAAAUAAGUCUUGUACAGAAAACCACAACAUUGACCAUUAGGGAUGUGCAGAGGGAUUCACUAGAAGGUGAAACAGAUUUAUCACACAUUGAUAGAGGAGAUUUGAAAAAUGUAAAGCAGGUUGUGGAUGAACGUCAUGGAAAAGUACCAAAGAAUGCUACAGAAAAAACUACAAAAACUGCCAUUGCAAGCCAAAAAUUCGAAAAAGAAAUUAUUUCUGCAGAGAAAGCUACAACAAUGUCUGUUAGAGAUGCGCAGAGAGAUUCACAUGUAGGUAAACCAAAUUUACCAGACAUUGAUAGAGGAGAUCUGAAAAAUAUUAAGCAGGUUGUGGAUGAACAUAAUGGAAAAGUACCAAAGAAUGCUUCAGAAAAAGCUACAAAAACUGUCACUGCAAGCCAAAAAUUCAAAGAAGAAAUUAUUUCUGUAGAGAAAGCUACAACAAUGUCUGUUAGAGAUGCGCAGAGAGAUUCACAGGUUGGUGAACCGAAUUUACCAGACACUGAUAGUGGAGGUCUGGAAAAUGUUAAGCAGGUUGUGGAUGAAAAUCAUGGAAAAGCACCAAAGCAUGUUACAGGAAAAGCAACAAAUAUUGCUAUUAAAAGCCCGAAAUUCAAAGAAGAAAUAAUUCGUGCAGAGAAAGCUACAACAGUGUCCUUUAGGGAUGUGUCACCGAAAGUUGAACCGAACUUACCACACAUAGAUAAUGGAGAUCAGAAAAAUGUCAAGCAGGUCAAUAUUGAAGUAGAUGUUUCUGGGGAAUCUGUAAUUCAACCUGAGGAGGCGAUGCUAGAGCAGAUCACAAGUGUGGAUAAUGGCAAACAGUGUUCUCGAGUUGAGCACGAUAAUGUUGAUAUAGAUUUUGAGGAUGAGCCCGAGAUACGUGAGGCUGCUAUUAAGAUACAAGCUGCUUUCAAAGGUUACAAAACUAGGAAAGACAUGCGUCUAGUCUUCAAAGAAGUGUUCAAGAACCAGACUCUUGAUCUUGGUGGCACAGCAUUCCUGGAGUGUGUUGUGGAAGGUAAAAUCGACACUAUGCGCUGGCUUAAAGAUGGAAUAGAUCUUAGGCCUGGGAAAAGGUACAAAAUCACCCAAAAUGCAGAUGGUAGGUGUUUUCUGGAAAUUUUCAGGGUUACAGACAAAGAUGCUGGAAUCUACACAUGUGAAGUUGCAAACAAGUUUGGAGCAAUUAGUUACAAUGGGAAUGUGAUGGUGGGUAAACCUCAGAAGCCAUCACAAACAAGUCAGACUGCACGAACACCAGACACAGAAAUUGUCUCUGAGAAAGAGAUUUCUCCAGUCCUAAACACUGAAGAGGAGUCGUUGAGACUCGUCUAUGAUCUACCGGCAGAUGACACCUACAGCAAGAUCAAGGAGAAAAGGAGAAGUCUAAUUUCAGUCAGCUCCAUAUCCUGUUACUCAGAUUAUGACACAGCCCCUGAUGUUGAGACUGAAUACCAAUCUGGGGGAAAAGAGGCAGAGAAGUCAAAAAAUAAGGUUUCUACUAAGAUUUCUGAAGAGGAAAAAAGUGCUAGUUUACAUCCUCAAAAGACUUCAGACCAGCUGAAAGGGAAAGGUUGCGAUUUACAAAGUCACACACCAUCUCCCAAACGCCUACAUUCAUACAAGUCCUCUGCAAAUACUGAGUCAUUCUCUGAGUCAGAUGGAGAUGAUGCCAGAGGAGAGAUAUUUGAUAUUUAUGUGGCCAAAACCAAUUGUCAUCCGCUGGGAGGAAACAAAGAAGCUUUUGUACUAAAGGAAGGCCAAUUUGUGGAGGUCCUGGAUUCAGCCCAUCCCGUGAGGUGGCUUGUCCGUACAAAGCCAACCAAGAUUACACCAUCCCGUCAGGGCUGGGUAUCCCCGGCGUACCUCGAAAAGAAGACAAAGGAAAUAUUUUCAGUGGCACAUGAAGCAGAAAAGGGAGAAUCCCCUGAGAAAGGCAAAACAAUGUUAACAAAGGAUGAGCAUGGCUUGAUUCAAAGUCGUUUGAUUAAGGGACUUCUUGAUGGCGAGACCAGUUUUGUGCAGGAGAUGAUCUUCUUUGUGGACCACUUUUUGCAGAACCUGGAGACGAGCUUUCAAGUUCCUCUCACCAUCCUCAGUCAAAAAGAGUACAUAUUCCGUAAUAUCAGGGAUAUUGCAAAUUUCCAUGAAUGUUGUAUUCUCCCCAAGCUGGAGAUGUGCUUCUCAGAUGAUGAUGUAGCCCAGUGUUUUGUCAGUUAUGCACCAGACUUUGAGAUGUAUCUCCAGUUCAUUACAGGCCUUCCCCAAGCUGAGGCCUGCAUCUCAGACAAAAACACACAGCAUUUUUUCAAGGCAAGGGGAAAUUCUUUGGCACAUUUGGAUACCCAGGUUUUUGAUGUUAGCACAUAUUUGCAGAAACCCAUGGAAAGAAUUCAGACAUACAAGAAUGUACUUAAGGAGCUUAUCAGGAACAAAGCAAAGAGCGAACAGAACUGUUGCCUGUUAGAGGAUGCCUUUGCCAUGGUUUCCAGCUUGCCUUGGCGUGCCGAGAACUUGCAUCAUCUGUCCAUGAUUGAGAAUUACCCGGCACCUCUCAAGGGGCUCGGAGAACCCAUUAGACAGGGCCAUUUUACAGUAUGGGAGGAGAUUCCUGAGGUCAAAGUCUCUCAGAGAGGACAUCACCGCCACGUCUUUCUAUUUAAAGAUUGUAUUGUAUUCUGCAAGCCAAAGAGAGAACUUGCCACAUACACCGAGGCCUACAUAUUCAAGAAUAAAAUGAAGUUGAGUGAUAUUGAUGUAAAGGAUACUGUGGAAGGAGAUGACAGGUCAUUUGGUCUUUGGCACGAGCACCGGGGAAUGCUGAGAAAAAUUAUCUUGCAAGCUCGAUCAAUCCUCCUCCGCCUCUCUUGGCUCAAAGAUCUGAGAGACCUGCAGCAGCGCAGCAAACAGCCCGCUUGGAGUGCCCCGUGCUUUGAGCAACAUCUUACUAACUAUCCAGCAAAGCUUGGACAAACUGUAAAACUGGUCUGCAAGGUCACUGGCACACCAAAACCACUAAUAAAGUGGUAUAAAGAUGGUCAUCCUGUGAAGGAUGACGAACAUCACAUUACAUCAGAAGGACAGUUGGGUGCUUGCUAUCUUGUACUGACUGGUGUCACCGUGGUGGACUCAGGUCAAUACAUGUGUUAUGCAACCAAUCCUGCUGGGAACGCAAGCACUCUGGCUAAUAUCAUGAUUGAUGUGCCUCCAAGUUUCACAACAAGACUACAGAACUCAGUGCUUGUGAAGGGACAAGAUAUGCAGUUCAAGUGCUCCACACAAUCUGCUCCUUUACCAUCCAUAAGGUGGUUUAAGGAUGGCGUUCAACUUGAAAACACCAGGAAACAUCUGAUUCAAUCUGAUGUCCAGACAGGAAUUCUCACUCUCACCAUAAAGACAGCAGAAGAGGCAGAUCUGGGUCAAUACCAGUGUGAGCUACUGAAUGAAGUGGGCAGUGCCAAGUGUAAAGCUGAACUCUGCCCUCCAGCACCAUUAGCUGUGACGGUCAGCACCCAAAAACAAUCACAAACCACCCCAGCUCCAGAGUCCCAAUCAGAAGGUUGGUCCAGUUCCUUUGUGAAGAACCUGUUUCAUAUACUCUUUCAGCCUGGAUACCCUGAACUACCUGCUGCUGGCGAUGAAGAUAAACACGCUCUUGAAGAACAGGAUGAUGUGGAGAGGCAGGUCCAGGGAGCACAGUUAGAGGGACCCAUGGACCCUGAGGAACACUUUUACUCAAAAACAGAGGAGCUGCUGACAGAGCCUCCAGCUGUGCAAGUGGCCAUUGAAAACCUGACAGUCCGGCCUGGUCAGGCUGUGACGUUCUCUGCGAUUAUUACUGGCCAACCCACACCAGACAUUCAAUGGUUUAAGGAUGACAAGGAAAUCUCAUCCAAUGAGUACACAGAAAUAGUCCAAAGUAGUGCACGUUGCUCUCUCACUUUGCUGGAUGCUCAAACAGAGGAUUGUGGCACCUAUACGUGCAUAGCUAGCAACAGUGUAGGACAAGCAUCUUGCCAAGCUAAACUCUGUGUUGAUACAGGUCUAGAUGAAAUCGAGGAGGAGAAAGAAGUGGAAUUUGGAAAAAGACGGAAACUACAUUCUGUAUAUGAAGUUUAUGAAGAAAUAGGAAGGGGCACAUUUGGAGUGGUUAAAAAAGUAACACAUAGGGCGACUGGCGAAUGUUUUGCUGCCAAGUUCCUUCCACUCAGAAGCAGCACACGAACCAGAGCGUUCCAGGAGAGAGACCUGCUGUCCCGUCUAGCUCACCGCAGACUCGCAUGCCUCCUGGACUUUUUCUCCACAAGACGCACCCUGGUGUUGGUUUUAGAAUUAUGUUCUACACAGGGGCUACUAGAUCAUUUGUUUUUAAAGGGAUUGGUUACAGAGAGGGAGGUUCAGUUAUAUAUUCAGCAGGUUCUGGAGGGCAUUGGAUACAUACACAGUAUGAACAUUCUACAUCUUGAUAUCAAAACAGACAAUAUCCUAAUGGUGUCCCCUGAUAGAGAAGACAUCAAAAUCUGUGACUUUGGAUUCUGCCAGGAAAUUGACAACUCCAGACAUCAGUACAGUGUGUUUGGGACACCAGAAUUUGUUGCUCCAGAAAUUGUCCACCAAGAACCUGUGACAGUAGCCACUGAUAUCUGGUCUCUUGGUGUUGUUACUUACUUAUGCUUAACAUGCCACUGUCCUUUCUUCGGGGAGAACGACCGUGCCACACUGAUGAAGGUUGCUGAGGGUUUGCUGUACUGGGACACUCCUGAGAUCACAAGCAGAAGUGUGGAGGCACAGGACUUCCUACAUAGGGUUCUACAGCCCGACCCAGAAGUGAGACCAUCUGCAUCUGAAUGUUUGAGUCACGAGUGGUUUCAGGGCUAUUAUGAAGAUGAAGAACCAGAGGACAUAAAUACUAAAAAUCUAAAAUCUUUUAUUUCAAGAAGAAAAUGGCAGCGUUCUUUAACAUGCCUCGGCUCGGUUCUGACUCUGAGACCGAUCCCAGAGUUAUUGGAGGCUCCUCUGCGUGAUGUUUCGAUUACAGCUGCAAAGGAGUCCCUGGAGCCCAGCAGCACCUCGCUAAGUAGUGGAUCCUCUUCAGAUUAUGAUGAGGCUGAUGCCUGGGACUUCUUCCAGCAGGCGAGCCAAGAGGAUGAAGAUGAUUUGGAAGAAGAGGAUGAAUAUGACCCCUACGCUCAUGUGUCAAAGACGCCCACAAUUUUAAAACAGUAUGAGGAAGAUGUGCUUAUUGGUAAGGGCCGCGUUCACACUAGCCCGCUGGUGAUUCCCAUGAACUCACCAUCACCAGAGCCGAUAAGCUUGGAGAAAAGGGACAGUAGCCCCUCUCUUCACCUCUCUGAGGGAGAUGAACAAUUGGCUGGUGAGCUUCCCAUACCACGUCAUAGCCUCAUCAAGAGCACUUUUUACUGCAGCUCCGAGCAGCUCUCACCCAUAUCUGCUCGUCACAUGACACUGCGGGAUAAAAUCCAAGCUAAAAAGCAAGAGCGUGGCCGGAAACCCCUCCGCGCCAGCCUCUCUGGUAGGUUGAACGAGCCCCUAAUAGAGUAUGUAGAAGAUUCCCCAGACUUAGAAGCUAAUCGUAACCAAAGAAGAGGAUCAAUGCAUUCGUCUAUCCUCAAGUCCAGCUCGUUUGAUAGUGGAGUGAGUGCUGCCCAUCCAAACAUACACACCCAGAGAAGAAGCAGAUCAUUAGAUGUGUGCAUGCAACGCUCUCCAGCUUCAAUCAUGCAGGGAGAAAACAAGCCUGAUGUCGAAGUUAGCCAGAAGCCGGACGCCACUGAUGAAGAGGAGGCCAAAACUGAAGAAGUCCAAGUGAGAAGGACACUCCUCCGUCGCUCUGCGUUUUUGUCGAAAAAGGGCCCCGUUGUUAUGAGGAAGGUGAGAGCGCAGGUCCAUGAGCUCGAAGAAGGACAUCAGCCAGUCUUGAAAAGUUCAAGUGAGGAUGACGUACAAGUGCAGAUCAUGGAAACAGAAGCAGCACAUUUAGGUGAUGAGGAGAGCGUGGAUGGCUCACAGUUAUCAUCGCUAGCAUGCUCGCUUGACCACGGUUCAGAGGCAUCUAGCAGGGUAGGCUCAUAUGAAGAACUCUCUCACAAACAGCAACACGGUGAGAUCUUGAUCGCUGGAUCCUCUGGAAAAACAUCUCCGUGCUCUCUCAGUUCAAGCUCUGGAUUAAAUGAGAUCCGACAUAAGAGCGGCAUUCCUCUGAGAAGAAGCUCCUCUGCAGUUCCUGUCCAGGCUGUGGUUGCAGGCGAAGAAAGCAAAGAGGUGCUCCAAAGAUAUGCCUCAGCCCCAGCUCUACAAGACAAGCCCCCGAGUGGGAAAUCUCCCAAGCCUGGAUUCAUGAAGAUCUUCCGCAAGCACUCGUGGGCUAGCCAUUCUUCUCCUCAGCUAGAGGGCUUGGAAAAGAAACAGGCAGAAGGAGCAUCCACACGGCCCAAGACCCCUCUUCUAACCCUGAGGAAGAAGAUGAGAUCUUCAGCAUCUAGCAUUACGAAACUGUUCACCCGACAGUGCAGCAUGGAUGAUGUAGAGAAGAAGAAAGGCGGACCAAUUGUGAAGAACCCUUCGCCUGUCGUGCCAGAGAAUUUGACUCACCCUGGCCCAGUUCCUGCUGCCACUUCAUCGGAGAGUCCUCAAAAGAAGUCCAAAUUGUUCUCGCUGAAAAUACCGAUAUUUAAGAAAACCAAAGUCAAACCAUCCAGGCCAGAUGUCAUUCAGCUAGCAGUGGGUGGAGCUCUUGUGUUCUGGAAACCUGUGCCGUCCAAAGACCUUGUCAAGUAUUGUAUUCAGUAUAGUGUAAAUGGUGGGGAGUGGAGAACAUUGUCAGAGAAUGUCACAGACAGCUGUUUCACUGCUAAUACCCUUCCCAGAGGACCGGGAUAUAUAUUCAGAGUGUCAUUUAACACCAAGACAGGGUUGGCACCAUUCAGUGACCCUUCACCACCUGCUUUUAUGGCCACUCCUUAUGAAGAGUCUCACAAUCCUCUCAUUCAGAUGGAAUCUAUUGGGUCAAAGGUCACUGUACCUGGGGGUCUUGGCACUGAGAAGUCUUAUAAAUUCCUGUCUGAAAUCAACAGAGGCCGUUUCAGUGUGGUAACACAGUGUGAGGAUAGUCGCAGCUCUCAGAUGUUGGCAGCUAAGAUAACCCACUACAGACCAGAACAGAGGCAACUGGUUUUGAGGGAAUAUCAACUGCUUCGCCGGCUGAGUCACCCUCGGAUCGUCCAGCUGCAGUCGGCCAUCCUCACCCCCUCCUGCCUCGUACUUAUAGAGGAGCUGUGCUCAGGGCGAGAGCUUCUUUAUAACCUUGCAGAAAGGAAUCUAUAUUCAGAAACGCAUGUGACAGACCUACUAGAGCAGAUUCUGAGCGCUGUGGAUUACCUGCACAGCCGACGCAUUGUACACCUGGACCUAAAGUCAGACAACAUGCUUGUGACAGGCCGAAAUGUAGUGAAGAUUGUUGAUUUGGGCUCCGCUCAGCCCUUCACUCCAGGACAGGCGCUGAACAUCGAACACAUCAAAGAAACAACAGAUAAUAAAGUUUAUAUUGUCCUUCCUAAAGCUCCUGAAAUCUUGGAUGGACAAGGAGUUGGACCCGAAACAGAUAUCUGGGCUGUUGGUGUUUUGGCUUUUAUAAUGUUGAGUGCAGACAGUCCCUUUCAUGCUGAUAUAAAUUGGGAGAGGGAUCGAAACAUCAAAAAAGGAAAGAUCCAGUUCAGUCGUUGUUACCCAGGUCUCUCAGAGGGAGCCAUCAACUUCAUGAAGAACACCAUGAGCAACAAAGCCUGGGCAAGACCAACAGCUGCAGAGUCCCUCCAAAACCCCUGGAUUCAAGGAGACCGUCCUCCCUCCAAACACAGCGACUCUGUGGUUUGUUUUUCUACAGACAAGCUGCAGGCCUAUCUCAGGGAAAGAGAGCUCAAGCGAGACCACGUCCGCACAAAAAUUAAACUGCCCUUCUUGUAAUUCAAGGGAAAGAACAUAUUUGGAGGCAUGAAAGUGAUGUGUGAAACUGUGAAAUGCUUUUAGUUUUUUUUGUUUUCAAUUCUAUUUCAAUUUUAUUUCUUUAAAAACAAUUUUUCAACUGGUGUAAUCCGCAUGACAGCUCUUCAAUUAUUGCUUUGUAAUCAAUCAAACAGUGACACAUUACUUAAACACUAUUUUACAGUAGUGGAAAUAUACGCAUAUUAUCUAUAUAUCUAUAUAUCUAUCUAUAUAGCUAUCUAGUCAAUGAAUGAAAGAUGUAGAUCUGGUUAUCACUGUUAUUACAGUAUAUUGUUUUCUUUGUUUUUUUGAUGUUAAUAAAAUGAUAUGCCACCACGCCAUCAGGGAUAACAUUCUUGUAUGAUGUAGUGUGGUUAAAUGCUGUAUUUUAUCAAUCACUUAAGAGAUUUUUCUCAUUUUUAUGCAAAUCUUACUUUUUGUUUGUGGAUUUUAUUGGUAAAUUAAAACAAGUUGAUUUUGUAAGAGUGGUAAAAAUAAUUUGGGGUUGCUGUUGUUGCCUCUUUGCAGUGUCUAGAAUGGUUUCACAUAAUUCUAUUAUAUUCUCAAAAAUGCCAUGCUCCUAAAAUAAAUGUUUUAUAAAACGUG